AUGUCUGCCCCUCCAGUGGCCAGUAAUCAACAGAAUAUCCAUAUUCUUCACACAUUGCUCUACGACCUGAAGAAGAUAAUGAAGAAGUACUACUGUUGGGGCCACGGCAGCAAACGACUGACGGAUUUGCCCGAAGAGCUGAUCCGUGAGAUACUUCUUCGGCUGACGGACUACAAGGAUCUGAUGAAUUCGGGCGAAGCGUAUAAUAUAAUGCAAUCCCUUUUGGAUGAACAGCACAUAUGGCGACAACUGUGCAAAUAUCACUACUCGCGGGCGCAGUUGCGGUGGCUCUUCGCCAACACCACCAACACAUGCACUCCCGAUGGAAAAGUCGAUUGGGAACAAGUGUUUCAUCAGCUUAGA